UCUGUGCGGCCAGCAGGGGGCGGAGUUUCACAGUCUUGUGAACCGGAAUGACAUGGGUUCACCUUGUGGAGAGGCACACGUUUGAUUUUAGCUAGUAAUUUGACAUUCAAAUGAACGAUAAAUGUCCCUGUAGUACUGUAGCACGUCUGGCUGCUCGUCAAACAGAGGAACAACAUGAAACAAGACGUCAGGAUACUGUUGUUGGGGGAGCCCAAGGUGGGGAAGACAUCACUCAUCAUGUCUUUGGUUGGAGAAGAGUUCCCAGAGGAGGUUCCACCCAGAGCUGAAGAGAUCACCAUCCCUGCUGACGUGACUCCAGAGAAGGUGCCCACACAUAUAGUGGACUACUCAGAAAAAGAGCAGAGUGAUGAAGUCCUUAGAAAGGAGAUAAUCAAGGCUAAUGUGGUGUGUGUUGUGUACGAUGUCACCAACGAGGACACAAUAGACAAGAUCAAAACUAAAUGGAUACCUUUAGUUAAUGGUGAUGCAGAGAAAGGAAACAAAGUUCCCAUCAUCCUCGUGGGAAACAAGUCUGAUCUGCGCUGUGGAAGCUCAAUGGAAACCAUUCUUCCCAUCAUGAACCAGUUCUCUGAGAUUGAGACAUGUGUUGAGUGUUCUGCAAAGAACUUGAAAAACAUUUCAGAGCUGUUCUACUAUGCACAGAAGGCAGUUCUUCACCCCACUGCCCCUCUUUAUGACCCUGAGGACAAACAGCUGAAACAACUGUGUGUCCGAGCCCUUAGCAGGAUAUUUUACAUUUCCGACCAGGACAAUGACCGUAUCCUCAGUGACGCUGAACUCAACCGCUUUCAGAAAUCUUGUUUUGGGAAUCCUCUGGCACCUCAAGCCUUAGAAGACGUGAAGACGGUAGUUUGGAAGAACACCAGUGAUGGGGUGCAGGACAAUGGCCUUACCUUAAAUGGUUUCUUGUUCCUUAAUACGUUAUUCAUCCAGAGGGGCCGACAUGAAACCACAUGGACUAUUCUCAGGAAGUUUGGUUAUGACGACAACCUUGAGCUGACUGACGAUUACCUUUACCCUGAACUACGGGUUCCUGUCGGCUGCACCACAGAAUUUAAUCAUUUAGGUCACCAGUUUCUCCUGCGGCUGUUUGACAAGUACGAUGAAGACAAAGACUCUGCCCUGUCACCGACAGAGCUUAGGAACCUGUUUUGCGUAUGUCCUUACAUGCCAUGGGGUGCAGAGGUCUACAUGACUGUCCCAACCACAGACGAGGGCUACAUCUCUAAACCCGGCUACCUUUGUCAGUGGACGCUCUCUGCGUACUUUGACAUCCACCGUUGCCUGGAGCACCUAGGAUACCUAGGAUACCCUAUCCUCACUGAGCAGGAGUCACAGACUGCCGCAAUCACAGUGACACAGGAGAAAGAGGUGGACCUGGAGAAACGCCAGACACAGCGGACAGUGUUUCUCUGCAAGGUGAUCGGACCGCGGGGGACUGGCAAGUCCGCCUUUCUCCAGGCCUUUGUGGGCCACAACGUUUUGAAUAAAGGAAAUUCCAGCAGUGCCUUUUCCCCCUAUGCCAUAAACACUGUCCAAGUCAGCAACCAGGAGAAAUACCUUAUACUCAAUGAGGUGGAUGUGGAGGUACAGUUCCUGAAGGCAUCAGACGCCAACUGUGAUGUUGCUUGUCUCAUGUAUGACGCCAGUGACCCACAUUCCUUUGACUAUUGUGCCAGUAUAUACAAGCAACACUACAUGGAGAGCAACAUCCCAUGUGUGCUGGUCGCCUCCAAGGUGGACCUUCCUGAGGUCAAGCAGUUCCACGGGAUGACUCCAGCAGAGUUCUGUUAUAAACACCAACUGCCUCCACCUCUGCCCUUCUCCAGCCUGUUCCUCGACUCCACCAGCAAGAACAUCUACAACAGGCUUGCCUGGGCAGCAGUAUACCCACACCUGAAUGGUUCCAACAUGAGCAACACAUCAUUCUGGCUGAGAGUGGCGUUGGGCUCGGCUGUGGUUGCAGUUCUGGGCUUUGCAAUCGUCAGAGCCGUCGGCAGACUGAAAUGAUCAACAAUCAGCCGAUCUUAUUUUUUUCCAUCCUGACGCUCGAUCAAUCCAUCCCUUUAAGACAAAUCAUCAGAGACAAGAUUCAAAGCCGCCGCAUCGUUUUUCUUUUCACCCCAAAAGGCUCCCAGGAAACUCUUCUUGUCUCUACUCCUGUUCACUUUGUCCGGCCCUCUGAGUCAUUUGAUUGCGACAAUCCAAAGGCAAUUGUAAGCUAGUGAUCAUAUUAUUCCCCCCCCGCCGCUAUGCCCAGCUUUUUCUGCCUUACAUUGUCCAACCAGGUUAAGUAGGAGUUCGCCUGUCAGCACUCGGUGCAUUCAUACACGGAGAACAGUUCAGAUCCGAACAGGUGCUUUAUCAAAGGGUAGGAAAUGUAGCAAGACAUUUGCUUCUUAUCUGCAUUCAAUAAUGUGUCGGGUGUUAAUGGUGAGAUUGGAGAGUUUUUAUAAACAUACUGUGUUUCUUAAACAUAAUAUAGAAAAAUGCCAAAUUGACUAGACUGAAGAACCAAAUGUCAGCACAUGGAGCAUUUUUAAAAGAGCAAACACCCUGAGUGGCUGCUACUGAAUAUCUCCAGUGAACUACACUCUUCCUUCUGGCCAUACUAGAUAUUAUCUGAUUUGCCAAAUAAAUCCAGCGGCAAUGAGUAGUAAAAGCAUGUUGCCCCUUAGGCAUAUUGUUUUGCCUGAAAAUGAAACAUUUUAAUGUUUUUAGCAGUAAGGCCUGCCUCCACUCAGGGAGGGAGAGAUGUGCAUGAAGAAGAAUGGCGGUUUGUUAAUGCAUCAGCAAAAAGCCAGCAAAUAUUUUAUCCAGUAAAAGGAGGCCGCACAAACCUUAAAUAACUGGUCAAAUUCAUCUCUGCUUCUUUCUGUUCACAUUGAAAAGGAAUUCAUUGAUUUUGAUUGAGACUGAGAUAAGCUUGAUAAUCUGUUUUCUAUCAACAUACCCUGUGCAUACAUUUUGAUUUCCAUACAUAAUCUGCCAUUGCAUUGUUUUCCAACAUGAGUCAGUCAUGUUAUGUAUGUUUUAUUGCUUCAUUUUGCUGGGGACCUGCUGUUUCUGCAGAAUACAGUUCUGUGACUUUUAAAAUAUGGCUGUUUUUCUUACAGAAACUGAACUGAUUUAGAUGCUUAAUAAAAGACCAGACUAGACAGGAUGGGGAGAUUUUGCCCAAAAGACGUUAUGGAUGUUGGGAUGAAAAAUGAAUGUUGUGCUUUAUGUUAAUAUGUCUGACAGUUGAUGCCCCCCCCCCCCC